AUGAGGAUUUUACUACUAUUCGCCUGUUCGAUACUGCUUUCGUUCAACGAAGUGCUGAGCUUACGUCACCAUCGACAACCUGCAGCCGAGGGAGAAAUUCAUGCUUUACUCGUAGCCGGUUCGAAUGGAUGGUACAAUUAUCGCCAUCAGGCUGACGUUGGUCAUGCAUACCAUACGUUGAAGCGCCAUGGGAUUGCCGAUGAAAAUAUUAUUGUGAUGAUGUAUGACGACAUUGCCAAAAAUCAGCAGAAUCCAUAUCCCGGAAAAAUGUUCAACAAACCGCAUGGAGACAAUGUUUACGAAGGACUGAAGAUUGACUACAAAGGCUCAUCAGUGACUCCUAAGAACUUCCUCAAUAUCCUCAAGGGUAACGCGAGCGGUGUUGAGGGCGGAAAUGGACGCGUCAUUGAAAGUAACCCAAAUGACCGAAUUUUCGUCUUUUUCACCGACCAUGGCGCCGUGGGCCUCAUUGCGUUCCCGGACGAGAUGUUGACUGUGAAGGAAUUGAACAGUGCCUUGAAGUGGAUGCACGCCAAUAAUCGUUAUGAUCAGUUGGUAUUCUACCUGGAAUCCUGUGAAAGCGGCUCGAUGUUUGAGAACGUUCUUAAGAGCAAUAUAAAUGUUUACGCGAUCCCGCCAGCGCAUUCCCACAUUCCGAUUCAGGGCACGUUCUGCGAGAACGAUAUGCGUUUACCAUGCCUGGGCGAUCUAUUUUCCGUGAACUGGAUGAAGGAUUCAGAUGAGGAAGACAUCAACCGUCGGAGACGCCGAACAACCUCUAAAGAGUUGGCAACUUGA